GUCUGAUGUUACCUCACUGAUAGUAUCCCGCUCUAACUGAAAACACCAAAGGAAUUCGAAUGUCGCGUUCCAAAAAUUCGUUUCCGUGACUUCAAACAGAGCUUUUUGAAGUUUGGAAUGCGUCGUUCGAUUUUUUUGAAUAUCUUCCGGAGAACUAACGGUCAUUUGUUAUCUGAGGAGAACUGCCGGUGUCCUGACGCACAGACGGACACGCGCGCGCGGGCUUAUCAGGAGGUGUCAAAUAAUACUGUCGCGUAUUCUUACUCGGAUUUCGCACUCGCUCGCACACUUUUGGGGUAAUAUUAUGGUGGUCGAUGGAAGUAUGUGAAGCUGUCAUAUUCCAGGAAUGGAUCUCCAGAGGUGUCCCAUAACUACAGGUUUCAUAUUAAACUGCAGACUGCUCUCUCUUCACAAGGCUUUUCCUGGCGAAUAAACACCGCCAAAAUGGACACAUGGACGUUUAUGCCCAAUUCCAACCUGUCCCUCCCCGACCGCCUGCUCAAUGACAGUUUUUUCCCCGGGAAUGAGUCUGACUUUGGUCUGGAGAUUUACCCUCCCAAUGGCACUCACCCUGGCUUUGACCACACCGGUUCGGUGGUCAUCACAUUUGUGUACUUCGUAGUCUGCGCAGUGGGACUCUGUGGGAACGCGCUGGUGAUUUACGUCAUCCUACGCUACGCCAAAAUGAAGACAGUCACGAAUAUCUACAUCUUAAACCUGGCGGUGGCGGAUGUGCUGUGCAUGCUGAGCUUGCCAUUCAUUGCCAUUCAGCUCUCGCUUCUCCAUUGGCCUUUUGGAGCUGCUAUCUGCCGUGUCGUCCUAACCGUGGAUUCAAUGAACCAAUUCACCAGUAUCUUCUUUCUGACGGUCAUGAGCUUUGAUCGAUACCUUGCCGUAGUGCAUCCAAUCAAAUCCACCAAAUGGCGAAAGCCACGAAUGGCCAAAACCAUUAGUUUAGGCAUGUGGAGUGUAUCUCUCCUGGUCAACCUACCGAUUAUGAUCUACAGCGGGGUGAAUGCUAAAAAAAACGAAGCCAGGACGUGUACCAUGUUGUGGCCGGAGCCGCAAAACACCUAUUACACCGCUUUCAUAUUCUACACAUUCUUCCUGGGGUUUUUCUUGCCACUGAUAGUCAUUUCAAUGUGCUACCUGCUUAUCGUGAUAAAAGUGAAGUCCUCUGGCAUGCGAGUGGGAUCCACUAAAAGAAAGCGAUCUGAGCGGAAGGUCACCCGGAUGGUGUCUAUUGUUGUGGUGGUGUUUGUCCUCUGCUGGCUGCCUUUUUACGUCUUCAAUGUUACGUCUGUGACUGGAACCGUUCCUACAACACCUGUGCUUAAGAGCACAUUUGACUUUGUGGUGGUUUUGGGUUACGCCAACAGUUGCGCCAAUCCCAUCCUCUACGCAUUCCUGUCGGACAACUUUAAGAAGAGUUUCCAAAAUGUGUUGUGUCUGAAAAGAGUCGGGGGGUUGGAUGAGAUCGACCGAAGUGACAGUCGACAGGACAGGACUCGAAUGGUCAACGAUAUCAUGACGGAAACGCAUAACGCCGCGCUGCUCAAUGGAGAUCUGCAGACAAGCAUCUGAGGAGAUUAUGUCUUAGACAAUAACAAAUGACCUGUUAGAAACUCUCAUCUGCAGGUGAGAUUUAUUGUAUUUAAAGAUCAAUGUUUAUUUGGCCGGCCACCCAAACCACGUGAGCAAUUCCAUGCAAAUGUCAACCUUGGCAUGAAAAUAGCCAAAUUAGCGAACAUUUUUCGUGCAGGUUUGUCUUUUACAGAACUGUAAAAGCUUUGUCAAUGUUUUCAAACUAUUAUAUUUGAUUUACCAAAGUCAAACAAGUGGCAAUUUCACAUCCGUCACAUCUAUAAUGGAGAGAUGUCACAUCCAUAACCAAGCUUUUUCCCUCAUAAAUGUCAAUAAAAUAAAAUCCAUCAUGUUUGUUCUGUGGAAAGCCAACUCUUAUCCUCUUGAUUAGCGUAAUUUCUUUUGGGUUGUGCAGUUUAAUUCACAGAAUUUCUACAAAGUAUGUUGUAUACUGUAAACCAGGGGUCACCAAACUUGUUCCUGGAGUGCCGGUGUCCUGCAGAUUUUAGCUCCAACUGUAAUCAAACACACCUGAACAAGCUAAUCAAGGUCUUACUAGGUAUACUUGAAACAUCCAGGCAGGUGUCUUGAGCCAAGUUGGAGCUAAAUCCUGCAGGGACACCGGCCCUCCAGGACUGAGAUUGGUGACCCCUGCUGUAAACUCACUAACUUUUUUGGUCACAUCAUAACGCAUGUUUAUUUCCCUCAAUUAAAAUAUAAAAAUAUGUUCUAGGGUAGUCGCGAUACUGGAAUUUGGUACCAUUUGGUACUGAAAUUUUAAAAAACGUCCAUUUACAAUUAACAUUUGAGAGCGUUCCUAAACAGCGCUGAUUGGCCAUUGU